AUGACGGACAUGUCCCGAGAGAGGCCGUGGCGUGGAGUGAGCCUCGGUGGCUGGCUGCUGCUGGAGCCGGGCCCCUCCUGGCAGCUCUUCCGGAGUGUGCAGGACUCGGAGCGCGGGCCUCCCCAGUGCGAGUGGGAGCUGAUGCAGCGGCUUCGCAGGCGUGGGGCCGAGGGGCUGAAAGCCUUGCGCAAGCACAGGGAGACCUUCGUGACGCGGCGUGACUUCCAAGCCAUCCAGGCAGCAGGCUUGAAUGCUGUGAGAGUGCCGUUUGGAUACUGGCUUGUGCUGGGAAGCACGCGAGACAGAAGUGUCUCGGCGGCUUCGAAGCUGGCCGCGAGAAGCCGCUUGCGGCUGAAGGUGGGGCCAGGCCACGCAAAAGGGCCCCCUCGACGGCCCCGCGCGCCACGGGAUCCGUACGAGGGACCCGCCCUUCGCUUCCUGGAUCGUGCCGUGAAUUGGGCUGAGGAGUGUGGGCUCCAAGUGCUGCUCGACCUCCACGGAGCACCGGGCGGGGAGAGUGGCGAGGCGCCUUGUGGUCGCAAGCAGCGAUCUCCUUUGAAGUGGCAUUGGAAGAGCUGGCGGAUGGAGGAGUCCUUGCGGGCUCUUCGCAUUGUUGCUCGCCGCUAUCGCAGCCGGAGGGUGGUGACGGGAAUCGCCGUUUGCAACGAACCAUCACCAGAGGUCCCGACAGAUGUGCUCUGCACCUUCUACGACCGUGCCGUCCGGGCCAUUCGACGCGCCGGGCGGGACGACAUGACGGUGGUCUUGCCAGUCUUUCAGCGGCCCCUCCCAAGCUUCGUGGCUCAGUGGGAGGAGAAGAGUGGCAAGUGCCACUCCAAUGUUUGCUUCGAAGUCCACUGGUAUCACUGCUUCGAAAACGAGUGGCAUGGCCGGACCUUCGCGCAGCACCUACGUGCCGUGCAGGAGCAUGCCGAAGAGCUCCGGCGCUUUCCCAUCGUCGUGGGCGAGUGGAGCCUUGCAUUAGGCUGCGGAUCGAUUCCUGGCAAGAUCUCCAAAGAUGAGAUGCUGACCCUUUUCGCCAACGCACAGCUCGCUGCCUACCGCGAGUCCUCCCAUGGGUGGUUCUUCUGGAGCUGGAGCGACCGGCCGAAGAGUGCUGAAUGGGACUGGCAGCAGGCUGUGGAGAAGUCUUUGCUCCCUUCGGGGCGAGCCUUGCGUCGCGAGCUGCCAGGACUGCCAUCUCUUCCGCCGCUCGCACCGCUGUCGCCGGCACCGCGAUGUCCCGGCACACCGGACUCGGCGCUCGUGGCCCCCAGCACGCCUGCAACGCCCAAGCGCCGCUUGAGCCGCCUGCGGACCCCGCCGCGGGACCCGGCCGUGGCCACGCUCUUGGAUCCCUUGGAGGCCGUCUUUGAUGAGCCCGCCUGGGAUGAAAGGAUCCACUUGGGAGACACCGUGUAUUUGCGUGCCUUCCACGGGCGCUAUCUGGACGUGGAAGGUGCCAAGGUCCGCGCACGCUACGGGGACCGUGGGCAAUGGCAGCAGUUCAUGGUGUGCCCUUACUUGGGGUCCUCUUCCUCGCGGAUUUCGGCAUCAAGCUCCACAGCAGAGACGAGCGCAAGUCCAACCUUGGCCUGUGGAAUCAAAGAUGGGGAUGUGAUUUGCCUCCUGGCCCACACAGGCUGCUUCGUUGGCAUCUCCGGGCGGAAGGUCUUGGCGGACUUCGCGCAGGCCACCGCUCCCUGCGCUUUCGUCGUCCGCACUGCUGGCGUGGCCUGUGAGGUCCGUCAUCGCUGCCGCAUCUUCCUGCAGUCUUUGGCGAGCUCCAAGGUUCUGGCCCCGAACGAAAGCGAUCCCAGUGCACGAGACGCAGUGAGGGCGCGCUGGAAGAGCUUCGGCGAGUGGCAGCAGAUGGUGGUCGAGAAACCCCGCUGCGGCGCCGUUGUUCCGAGACGACCCCGACGGCGCAGCUCCCUGGCCAAGGCAGCGGCCUCGCCGGGACCCGACUCCGUUGACUCCAAGCCCAAGCGCGUGCUGCAGAAAACCAGCUCGGCGGAGGAUCCAGGCACGCCGCUGAACAGCGAGACGCCCAAGCGGCUCAGUUCGACCCCGAAGGGCAACUUGCCAGAG